AUGACAACUCCCGCGCCUCCACCACCACCGAAGGAAACUGUGGCUCAGCCACAGCAACAGUCACCACCGGUUUCCAAGACUGCAACUGACAAGUCUCAAUUAGCCGAGGAGAGAGCAUCAAACAUUGGAUGGUUUUUUAUCAAGUCUUACUACGAUUUCUUUGUCACCAAACUCGAUGAGAUCCACAAGAUCUAUCAUGAAAAUGCCACUGUUAUCCAUGAUGCAUUCCCUGGUCUCCACCCAAAAGUCGACGACGAGGCUCAUAAUAACAAUAUUGACAAUAAUGACGAUGACAAUAGCGAGAGCGAUGGAGUUCCCGUGUCAUACAAGGCCACGGGCACUGAAGCCAUUAAGCAAUGCUUUGCUGACCACUUGUCCAAAUUGAACAAGGAUGGGGAGAAAGCCACCAAUAGAAUUGUCAUUACUAGCGCAUGUUUUCAAGUCUCGUUGGAAAAGAACAUUCUCAUCGUUGUGUUUGGCGAGUGGUCCAAGAACGAUUCCCCAUACAAGCAAUUCACCCAGACUUUUCUCUUGACCCCAGGGAAGAGAAGUGCCACCUAUGAUGUUGCUAAUGACGUUUUGAAAUUUAUCGAGGCCAAUGGGUUUAAGGAGAACCUGAAGGUCGAGGAAGUUGAGCCUAAACAGGAACAACCAACCGAGAUCAAACCGGAGGAAAAAGCAGCUGCCGUGGAAGCAAAGCCACAUUCCGACUCUGUUGAGCUCAAUGGGGUCAAGGUUGAGGAUAAACUCGAGAAGGAAGGUGAAGAGACGGAAGAUGCAACAUUGAAUGGUGGUACCAAAGAAAAAGGUGAAACCAAACCUGGACCAGCUGUCGAGGUUGCCAAAGAGCCAAUUCCUCAAGACGAAAAGGAGGAAGAAGUCAAGCCAGAAGCAAAUGGAAAACCAGAAGAAAAUGAAAAGCCAAAAGAGGCGCCAAAAGAAGCAAAGAAACCAGAGGAGCCAAAGAAACCGGCUGACCCGCCAAAGCCAAUGACUUGGGCCGAUUUGGCACAACAAGCAGUACCAACUGCCUCACCAAAACCAAAAUCAGCCUCAAGCUCUGCCGCCACCACCACUGCCAACAACAACAACAACAACAACAACGGCAACAUCAGCGGCAACACCAGCAUCAACAACAACAGCAGCAUUAACAACGACACCAACACCAUGACCACUGCUAAACCAACCACCGCUGCAGCAGCAACCAAGAAACCAGCACAACAACUAACAACUGCGUCGCCAGCCACGUCAUCGCCAACAACAGCCACCUCCUCAUCCACUUCAACUCGUCCAUUCAGCAACGGCAACACCCAAACUCAACCAGUGUCCAAGUUCGACAAGUCGGAAUGGAAUUCAAUCUACAUCCGCGGCGCACGUGACAUCUCCGACGAAGCGUUGAAAGAAGGCAUAGUUAAGGAAUUUGGCCCUUUGAAGUUUUACAAAAAGACAGAUAACAUUGCCUUGUGUGACUUUAUCAAUAAGGACGACCAAAAGAGAGCAUUGGAUGCCAAGGAAGCAGUUGUUGAUGGCAUCAAGAUUAAAAUAGAGAAAAAAUUUAACAAAAGGAGAACUAAUAAUAGUAAUGCCAAAUGA